CAAGAAGGCACAGUAUGAAUUGCAAAUGUGUCCGGGUCUGGGUUUGUGAUGCAGGACUUCAAGGACAACAAGAUCUGUAAUGCAUGAAUGCCAUCGGCCAGUUUUUUUGUCGUGCUGGAUAUGGUAGUUUGUAAUGCUAAAUACGAAUGAAAUCCCCAAGGAAUGCCGAGGGAAAUUUCUCAUGCUGUUAUGCCGUACACGCAGCAAGUUUGCAAUGCAAGUAUCAGCAACACAAGUUUCCAGACCCAGACACUUUUGCAUUUGAUACGCAGAAGGAGCAAGAGAAAGUUGAAAAGGCUGCAGCGGCCGCGAAAAAGAAAGCCCAGAAGGAGGCAGAAAAGGAAGAAAAGGCGGCCGCGAAGGCUGCCGCGAAGAAAAAGCCUGCCGCUAAGAAGAAGUGAACCACUUAAAGCAGCCGACUUUUCGCAGCAUCCUUCUGGCGUCUCAUCUUUCGCAACCUGUUAUCAAAUGCAAAAGUGUCUGGGUCUGGAAGGAUGCGGAGUUUGCAUUUGUCAUGCUAGUCGGGCAUGACGCGGAGCUCUGUAUUGCGUGACCAGCAAGAGCUCCUCUUAUCUGUCAUGCAAAAACGGUGUUUGUCAUGCGGAAUACGCAACAGGGAGCCAAGGAUAAAUUUGUCAUGCCUGGCGGCGCACUACAGUAUGCUUUCUUUUCACUGCCAUGCAUCACAAAUUUGCAGGCCCAGACAUUUUUACAGUUGAUACCUGUCUUCUCCAAGCAAAUCCCCGUAACGCGACUCCGAGUUAG